CCCAACCCAACCAACAAAAGAUAACCUCAAGCUCAACGUUGGUUAACCAGUGUCGGAGGAAUCAGAGCAGAUUGAAAUUACAUUGUUUUAAUUAUGCGCUUAUCUAUUAUUAUUGAUUCUAUUUCGUUGAAUAUUAAUUGUUAAUCAAAGUAAGUUAGCACUGCUAAUAAUUGUGUCAUUAGAAAACCAGGAUACCAAAGGGAUUUUGAGAGGUGCUAGUGAGCGAUAUUUAUCAAUUAGCCUAAUUACAAAUUCUUAAUUGACUGACUAAAAUGGUUUUAAUGGAAAAUGAUGCGUUUCUUUCAGAGUUGACCAAGCUAUUUCAGAGCAAACGUGGUACUGGGGCAGUUACAGUUACAAUGAAGAAAUAUGAUGGCCGAACGAAACCUCAACCAAAAAAUGGCAGUAAACCUACAACAGAACCCUCAGAAUACAUGUGUCUUCUGAGAGCAAAGACUAAUAAUAAGAAACUAGCCACCAUAGUCCAUUCAAGAGAUGUGAAUAAAUUUCAAUUGGCCUACUGCAACCUACUCAAAGGAAAUUUUGAUGGACUGAAAAAAUUGAAAAAGACAAAAUCAAAAUCAUCAAAGGCAACAACUUCUCAGUGAUGUUUAAAGUGGAUAUGUGUUUCCGUUUUUUUAUUCAUGGGUGAUCUUGUUCUUGUACAUAAAAUGUUAUUCUUCUUGUUUCCCUUGAUGCUGUUGUUUAAUCUGGACUAUGUUAAAUAAUAGGCAAUUUUGAGUUAAAACCCCAGUUGUGCACAUAAAUAAAUAAUUCUAUAUUAAUUUAGAAUCAGAUACUGCAGACAUCCAUGAAUUCAGAUCUAAAAGAUCACUCUUCAAAUUCCAGACCUAUGUAAAGUAAUAGGACUACUAUAAACAGAAAUUGUUGGUUUUGCAGCUUAAUUUUUUCAUUUGCCGUGUUGCAUAAAAACAUGUUGAUGGUUUUUUUUAUUUGUGGGCACUAUUUUAUUGACGCCUUAAAUUGUUUCCGAGGUAGUAGUGGUAAAUUGUGCAAGAAUCUCAUCACAGUAAUUAGCAUGUACUAACUUAUAACGUAAAUUUAUCCAUUGGAGUGUUGACCUUUUUGUAUAGUAUCGGCUUGGUGCAGCAUAAUGUGCGUACGAUUUGCUGUUCGCCACUGCUCUUCAAGUCCGUGUUUGGCUACUUAUGACUAACAGGGAAAUUCUACAUUUUUUAUCUGUAUAGUCCACAACAUAUUCCUGGAAUUUUAAGAGCCAUCUUUAGUCAAUUUUGUUGUGAUAUUCUUUUAAAACCAGUUUAAAGAUGUGGAUAAUUACAAUAGUAGUUUACUUCUUAAUACUUGAUUUCUUGACAUUCUUUGUGAACGAUUCCAUUUUUGUUGCCCAAGGAUGGGAGCUAAUAGCAUCAAAUCAGUGGUUCCUUCAUUUUUUAGUUUAGCAGGUGAACGAUUUUAAGUUUGAAUAGACUACUAAUAAUCAUUUUCAACUUUAAAAAAUUCAUGGAGCUCAGCGCCUAUUGUAGUGUAAAGUUAAAAAGGAUCUGAAAUAUUUUUUUACAUUGAUCAAGCAUUUGAAUUAAUUCUAGUUAAUGGAAUUCCAGACUCAACACCUAUGUGAAAAACGGACUAGAGAAAAACAACUGAUGUUGUCCCCUAUAAACAUUAUUUUAAAACUCUUCCAUACUCUUUAAUAUGUUGUAAGUUUCAUAAAACUAUAAAGUUUUAGAUCCGAUAUUAGAUCAGGGUUCACAGCGUUAUCUACUGGUCUACUGGUAGGCUAUGGUAACGGUACCAUAAAUUCUCACUUUUAACAGUUGCAUCCUUAAUAGCUCCUAAAAUAUAAUUUCAUACAUAUUAUUGUAUGUUCUUCUGAAUCCUCCCUGUAUGCGUAAUAUGAUGUAGAGAAUUUCAUUUAGUUUCAGCCACCAAUACUAAUUAAUUUAUGUGACUUUUAAAAUUUGUAAUUCUUGUUUCUCUGUAAUCAAAAACUCUGUAAUGUGACUAGGUACUGAUUAGAUUUAAUUAAUGUAAUUAAAUUAUGUUUUUUGUUUACAUACAGUUCUAGGAACAUAUAAGAGGGUUUCAUGUAAAAUAGUCAUUAGUUCAUAAUUAUUAAUUAAUAUACCUGAGCUGUAAUAAAUUGUGACUGAAAACGGUUUUAAGUUAAUAGUUAAUAUUUAAAUUCAAUCUCUAGCUGCAAUAACAUGUUUUAUUUAUCUACUGUUAAUCUUUUGAUCUGUGAUAGUUGUUAAUUCAUUCAUUCCAUUUAAGUGAUUUACUCUCAGAUGAGAUAAUUACAAAUGUACAAACCAUAUUUUGUAGCACAAACCACUAAUGAUUGACUCCCAAGUAGUUAUAAAAUUAUGAGUUUAUUUCUAGUAGCAUGUAAAUGAUAUAUGACACUAGAAGGCUUGUGCAUUCAAACUAAAAGGAACCGGUUAUAUGUUUUAUUCAUGGUGAGGCUUAAAAAAAAAAACUUGUUGAAUUCUGACUUCCUGUGUUUUUUGUGAAUUUUUACUUUUUAAGUUUAGUUCUGUUUUAAAGAUUGUAAAUGACAUUGAUUGUAAAUUCAAACCAUAGUUUUAUGAACUACUAAUAAUUGUUUGGAGCUGAACUCAACUUUUCUAAUGGCGUAGGCUAAACUCAAAUAUACUUAAAGUGGCUACUUUACAUUUGUGUUAAAAUCAGCAUAGAUUGUCAAUAUAAAGAGUAUGCAAUUCAUUAUCACUUUAUGAUGAAAUUUGGUACUAGCACUUCCACACAGUAACACCAAUAAUUGAAACAAUUGUGGGACAGGAAAUAGCUAACUUUGUUUGGUCUAGUAGUCGGACAAUACAGUGCUAUGAUUAAUUCAGGUUUUGUAAUGAAAUUCAUACAUAAAUCACUUUCUUUGCAGAUAAACUGCCACUGUAUCUUAAAUCUGCGAAAAUUCAUCCGUCCACCACAAGGCGCCUUUUCACAUUUUAAAUCAUAAAAUUUAUUUUGUAUGCUUUUACCAAACUUAGUAAUUAAAUUUAGUUUUUCAAAAGAAAAACAGUUUUAAACCUGACACAGUACAAAUUCAUCAGUGUGAUAUAUUAAAACAAUUUAUCAGUAAAAUCAAAAUAAACCUUAAGUUGAUAUUUUGUGUGAAAAAUAAGUCAGAAAUAUUCAUAAAACAGUAUAAUAAUGGAAACCCCUAUAAAGCCAUACACUAGCACAGAUUUAAAGUGGCCGGUUUCAACAUUACAGUAUUAAUAAAUUUAUGUAUGGUUUGCGUCACAAAUGUAAAAACUACACUAAUAGAGGAUGCGGCAAAACGGAUUCAGCAGUUUCACUCUCACAGUACUUCAGCUGUGGAGGUGAAAGGUGGACACUUUUGGUCUUGUUGUCAUCGGUCAAUCAUACUAUUUUAUUCACCAUCAAAGUCUAUGUGAGGCAACAUCAAAUUAUAAUUAUAACACAUUUUACAUUUGGAGUGUGUGUGCGUAUCUCCAGAACAACAAGCCAGUGAUUGCAAUCUCAAAAUUGUUAAAUAACUUUGCACGAUGUUGAAAUGUUGUUUAGAUCAGCAGAGUUGGUUGAGCAUUCAGCAAGAUGUUAGUCAAAAGCUUGUGCGAAUUACCUUCGAAGCAUUUGGUGACAAAAGUUUCUACAUGCUUAACAAACUCAAUUCUAAUUUUAGAGUUCUUCUAAAACUGUGAUCCGACAUUCCUAAUACACUAGUAGAACAUCUUGUUUCUGGUCAAACACAUCUCUGACCAGUUCUCACUGAUCUUCUCUGUCUAUAUUUCAUAGUUUUAAAUUUGCUACCACUUCUCUCAACCUCGUUAUUAAUGGUUGGAAUGGUUGAUUGUGUUUGCGCUACGAACAGUGUCGUUUUACUAAAAAAUAGCCACCGGCAAAAAGCUCUUUGCGUAGCAGUCACUGACUGUUUUGGUUAUAUUCACACACUGCAUAACCUCAAUGUUGUCUGGUCUAAUCCUUGAUUGCAACUGAAAUGGUGUGAGACCAAUCAUAACAAAACCAAAUGUGUCCGCAUACCGCCACUUCCACAGUAACUUUAAAUAAUAAUAAUUUUAAUUCUUGCCCGAGAACUACCCAAGUGAAACUGGCAUUUUGCCGCACACUGUAACAUACUACUACAGUACUAUUCAGUAUUUUAACAAACCUGAGAUGUUCAAUAUUACAGUAUUAUUUUGAGGUUACAACCUUGUAGAAUUAGAAUAAAAACUAUGUUUGUUGUACGUAACAUUUCAGUUGCCAUAAAAUUUCUGUCUUCCAAGGCCUUAUUUCCCAUUUUGUGGAAUGCACAUAUCAACAUAAUUAAUUUACUUUGCUUAAAUUGUUAUGUCAAAACACAAUAAAGAAUAUAUUGUUACAUAUUA